AUGGGUCGGGAAAUCCGUAAGUCCGAGGAAGGGCGUGUCCCUCACGCACCCCGCUCACGCGCAACGCAGACAGCAGCAGCAGCAGCAACCCGCGGCGGUCCAGGCGGGGCGAAGAUCGUUUCAGCCGUUGGCUUUCCCCUCGUCCGCUCCUCCGCCUCUGACGGCGCCGGCGCCACCACGAGCGCCAUCACGCCGGCCGGCAGCGCGCCGAUCAAGUACCACGGCGGGCCGGUGGUGGUGGGCACACCGACGGUGAACAUUUAUCACAUAUACGACGGCAGCUGGGGGUCGGGGUCGGGCAAGGACGUGAUCGUGCAGGCGCUGAGCAGCGACUCGGGCAGCCAGGGCAGUGCGGCGGACGCGAGUGUGAAGGCGUGGUGGGCCAUCACGGCCGCGUACUACCAGAAAGACGCAAGCGGGACGAAGAACGUGAGCUCCAAGGGUUCGCGCCUCAUUCUCGUUUCCUGCACCUUAUUCCCUUCUCCCACCCCUCGUUCCCCCUCCCUGCUCCUCAUUCUCGGGUGUGCGCCUCAUCCUCUCUCCUCAUUCUCCUAA